AUCAAAUCAUUGUAAACCAAUUGAAAAAAGAGACUCCGAUACAGCCAAUUUUUUAAAAGGAAUAAUGAGAAAAAGGUACACUCUUACAGAUGACGAUAUUAGAGAAUAUCAACUUGCUUUUUCGCAUCAUGACAAAAACAAGGAUGGAAACAUUGACUCCAAGGAACUAUUGCCAUUAAUGAGAAGCUUGGGUGAGAAUCCAACCGAAGACGAAUUGAUGCAUUUGUUGUUGGAGAUGGACGCAAAUAAAAAUGGAACAAUCGAGUUCAACGAGUUUAUAGAGCAAAUGGAAAUCAGAAAAAACCGUGAUGACGCAGCUGAUUUAAAAGAGGCAUUCGGUGCUUUUGAUAUGGAUGGUGACGGAAAAGUCAGUACGAAGGAACUUCGCGAUGCAUUUAUGGAAUAUGGGUACAACAGCAUUUUAGAAGAAAUUGACGAGUUAAUGGAAAUAUUUGACACAAACAAUGACGGAUUCAUCGAUUAUGAAGAGUUUGUCAAAAUAAUUAUUGAAGAGACGAAUAAAGAGUAACCACCAAUAAUGGGAAUGAAAUUAGUAUCAACUGCUUUGUGAAAAUUGAAGCGAAAGAUCACUGACGAAACUAUUUCUGACGAAAAUAUUUUCUAAAAAGUUGACAGCAAGUAAAAAACAAAUACUUUUAAACUAUUUUUAAGAAAUUCCAAAAUCCUAUAUUUAUAGAGAAAGAAAGAUAAAAGAAAAAGGUGACUUAACAGCAACCAAUUAGAUACAUCUUUUGUCAUUUUAAUAACACCCAAUUACAAAAACAUCUAUUGUUGUUUUAACAGCGACCAAUAAAUCUAUCUUCAUUUUAGCAAAAGAAUAAAGAUAUACUCAGGUUCAAAGACAUCAAUAUUUUUUUGAUGAAAAAUCAACGAAAAGAAAAAACCAACGAAAAACAAAAGUGUUAUAAUCGAAAAGUAAUAUAUAACAUCAGUAAAACAGUAAAAAAAACAGACAAAUAAUUUUUUAUAGAUUUGUUAUAUGGUUCAGAACACUUUGCGUAACGGGUACAGAAGAGAAUAUAGUCGUUUUAAAUUGAAAGAAAAUUAAUAUAUUAUUA